UUACCCUUUUUUCACUUUUGGACUCAACACGCAGUCACUAAAGUGAAACAAAAAGCAUCCUCGAAGCGAUCUGUCCUACAUGCUCUUCACGUCCUUCAAGAAAAGUCGUCUUUUUUUUGUUUCUCGAAACUCUUAGAUGUAUAUUGAAGUCAAGGAAUGAUCAUUACAUGAUACACAUCCUCAAAAUUCAAUCAAGUUUCCAUCAUCUGAGUCUUGAACUUCUUUACAAUUCUAGCAGAUUCUUUAGUUCUUUUAUUUCUCGAACCAUUUCUAUCCUUUUUUUUUUUGUCGUCUCUUUCCCAUUUGCUUUGAUUUUUGUUUUUGCCCUAAGCCCAUUUGCUUUGAUUUCAAAAUUCAGACUGGGUUAAGUUAUGGUUUACUAUUUUUUUGCAAAUGAAUAGUAGUUAAGGUGGUAGUUAUGAAUGGUGGUGGUGGUAGUGGUAGGGGUGGUAGAGUUGAGGUGGUAGACAGCAAAGGGUGUUCUAGACUAUUCCUUGGACUCUCAUCUCCGUUGUCUUCUUUCAGAGCUCUUCAACCGUUGGAACCCAUGUCUCCUGCUUCGUCCUCUGCUCCGUCUGAGCCCGUGACGGUCCGAUCAAGCGAUCCCUUUGCCGGCCUUGUUAUUUGUGUUACCGGUCUAUCCAAAGAAACUAGAAAACAAGUGAUGGAGGCGACACAGAGAUUAGGUGGCCAAUACAGCCCUAAUUUGCAUCCUCAGUGUACUCAUUUGGUGGUCCAAUCUUAUUACAACUUUGGUGGACGUAAGUUUGAGCACGCUUUGAAGCAUGGAUCAAAAAAUAGUCUCUUUAUCGUCACGCUUGGGUGGUUUGUGGAUAGUGUCCGGAGGAAUGUGAGACUGAGUGAAUCACUCUACAGUGUUAAGAGUGUUGAAGAAAAUGGUAUGCUCUUGGAUGAAUUAAGUCGGCUUGCUGGGUUUGCUAGCUCUGAAAAUUCCUGUCUUCCUGUUGGUGCUCAUGUUGCCACGCAAUCUAACAAGAUAGAAGAAUCACAUCUAUGGUUAUCGGGAAGAGAGUUUAGCACAAGUGUGGACUCUUCUCUUUCUGGUCAUUUCAUGUAUGUUGAUCCAGACAUUUCAGCUGAACUGCGUAAUAAGGUUGUUGAGGCUGCCACCAGAGAAGGUGCCAAAGUUGUAGAAAAAUGGUUUGCUGGUUGCAAUGCCAGUCAUGUGGUUUGUGAAGGCACUUCUGUCCAAAGAUAUCUUGGCUACUCUAACAACCUUGUCACGCCACUAUGGGUUCUGAAAACAGCAAAGGAUAAAUAUGUGCGACGGCUUGUUCAUAUGUCUGCUGACUUGGCCAGGCAGAUCAGUAUGCUGAUUGAAGAUUCUCAAAAAGGCAUUGCAAGGAAGGAAAUAAACGGGAAAAAUGCUCCUGAAGAUCGGAAGUUUAGAAAUAAAGCAAGCCUCACUGAAAGGCAACAGGUUGUGAGUUCUGCUAAAAUUUCUGUUAGAAAUCGUCGUGGUCGCCGUAUGCAGACUUGUCAAAUUCCAAUACGACCAAUUACACCGGCUAGCCUCUUGGACUCAAUCUGCUGGUCUAUAUCUGAGCCAACUUCCACUGCUGCAAUUUACACAGACUCUUUCAGUGUAGACAAUGCGAGUGAACAUCAGUCAUCUAUAUUCCUAGAUGCAGAAGCAGAUCAGAAGGAUUCAGAAGCUUCAUUUGCACACUUAACUAGACCACUUAUAGAAAGCGAGAAAUCAGAAUUGAUAUUUAAAAAUCACUUUCUUACCAUACUGUUUCCCAUUGAUCGAUUUGCUGAGAUGGGGCCUUCGUCAAGAACGUUUUUCAGUGAUAACGGCUUUAAAUGUUUGCAGGUUUUAGAUCACAUCUAUGCAUUUUAUCAGGAGAACAUGUCAGUUGAUGAAAUUGAGGCUGCAAUUCACACCGAUUCAAGGCAUGCUGACCGGCUCAGAACAAAUUACUGUAGUAAAGAAACGGCAGAAUGUGGUUAUGUGGUCUUUAAACGCAUUGAUUUCUUAGGGAGCUGCAAAAGUUUUGAAAUGUUGAAGCGUGUCAAUGGUGAGAACAACAGUAAUGUCUACCAACUUUUGAUCAGGGCUUGAUGUCAUCUUAGCAGUGAUGGAUCCCUUCCAUAUACCAGUCCCAAGUCAGUGGCAAGUGAAGUUGCCUCUCUGAACUGGUAGAGGUACAUAGCUUGAAGACAGAUGCAUUCAACCUUGCUUGCUGCUUCAAAAUCUAAAGAGUGGUGAAGUUUUUCUACUAUUUGUAGGGUAACACUUAAGAUUUUUUUUACUUGUAUAUGGACUAUCAGAAUGGUUAAGUAUACCCAUCAAAAUGUCUUGAUAGAGCUGGUUUGAAUUUCAGAUCGCAUUGUACAUUGAAGGUAUUUUUUAUGGUUGAGGUUUUGCAAUCUAUCUCAGCUUUAACGGUUGGACAAA